AUGGAUCUCAAUGGAGUGAAACAAGCUGUUGCUUCAUUCUGGGGGAAUGACCCUUACUACCCACGACCAGGAAAAGACCCGGUGAUUUGGGAUGCGUUUCGAGAGCGCUACAUUCAGAUCAGUGAAGCGUGUAUGAGGAUUUGUGGGCCAGAAGUGGAAUCUCGAUAUACCCUGCCGAAUCAAUUCAUUCAACUGGUGGAAGAGGAAGGAAAGAAAAGAGAGGAGAAGGAUCAGGGCACUUGUCUGAAAUGA